AUGGCUGACCGGCGCCAAAAGGCCAUAUCACGCUCUAUCCUACGCGCUUUAACCCGUCGGGGAACCGCGCGCAUCUCACUGAUCCAGCGCAUCAUCGCCUUCUUCCAUAUCUACUAUCUGACCCUCAUCCGCUACGAAAAGGAGCUUUUCCAGAGGCUGCGCACGGAAAUAUGGAGUCUCAGCGAAGAAGAGUAUAUCUCUUGCUUCAAAAAUGAUGGAAAGUCUUCCCUGGUCUCCAUGGGUGAUUUAGGCUUCUCCGGCUCGACCUUCUUCCGAACCUCCAACUCAGCCUUCCUCGUAAAGAGCGUCCCGAGACAUUUCGAGCACUCGUUCUUUCGCAAAGACCUCCUCGAGCCUUACUACCAAUACAUGCGCAACCACCCUGAAUCCCUCCUCGUCUGGAUAACAGACUACAUAUAUGCGCCCUACACCUCGAUCGGAAGCAUCCUGCGCACAUCACCAGCGCACCACAUCAUCAUGGACAACAUGCUCUACGGGAAAGAAGAACAGCCAGGCAGCGAGAAAUGGGAAACCUACGACCUCAAACCAAUCGACUACUUCUACCCAGAGCGCGAUCUAGUCCCCGACCCGCUAGUGAGCGAAGACACACUGGAGCGACUAGCUGAUAAAUUCGAGGACAAGGUGCGGCUUAGCCGAAAGAACUACGAGGCCGUGAAGCGGACGCUGGAGACGGACACUGCGUUCCUUGCGUCCGCGAAUAUCGUGGACUAUUCCUUAUUCCUGGUGCGGUUUCCGGCGUCGCUCAAGCCUGAGAGUUUGGGGCGCAAGACGCAGUGGCGUGUUGGUGUGACUUCGAGUGAUGGGCUUUGGAAGUAUCGGGCUGUUGUGUUGGAUUUCUUUUGGGCUAAGCAUAAGCUGCAUGCGCAGGCGAUGACGGGCGCGGUGGAGGCGUUUAAUGUUAUAGGGCGGCAGGGUCCCAUGAGUAUCACGACUACGGCUGAUGAGUAUCGGGAGAAGUUCCUGACUAUGGUUAAUGAGAUGAUGGAAGUACAUGUGCAGCCAUCGGAGCAAUGA